UUGGUUGCUAUUGGUUUCACGCAGUAUGACGUCAUCUUCAUAAUGGUGGACGAAUAUAUCAGAAAUUUCUCUGAGUAAAGGAAAAUAGCAGUGGAGUUUUCUCAACAUUACACUCUAAAAUGAUGGACAAGAACACAAAUGCUGCUGAUAAUAAAGUGACACCAGAAAUAGAUGUUGACAAGAUUAUUGAGCAGCUUCUUUCUGUGAAAGAAUUUCCAGGGAAGCAGGUCCAGCUUCCUGAAACACAGAUUAGACAGUUAUGUAUUCUGUCUCGUCAAACAUUUUUGGACCAGUCAAAUCUUCUUGAAUUAGAAUGUCCAGUUAAUAUAUGCGGAGAUAUACAUGGGCAAUUUGAUGAUUUGAUAAAAACUUUUGAAAAUAAUGGUUAUCCACCAGACAAAAAUUACCUCUUCCUUGGUGACUAUGUUGACAGAGGGAAGAGGUCACUAGAAUCUAUUUGUCUUCUUCUUGCAUAUAAAGUCAAGUAUCCAGAAAAUCUGUUUCUUCUUCGAGGAAAUCAUGAAUGUGCUUCUAUAAACAGAAUCUAUGGUUUUUAUGAUGAGUGCAAGCGAAGAUACAAUAUUAAGUUAUGGAAAACAUUUACAGAUUGCUUUAAUUGUUUACCUAUAG